UUACGAGAAGACACUAGCUGAUUUUUACUUAUUUUUGUAUUCCUUCGUCGGAAGAUUGGUCUAUAAAUAUGAGUGCCACAUGACUGUAAAAUCUAGUGUAACAACACUCGCACUCGGAUUCGGUUCUUGUUACUACUGCUAACACAACUCAAACAUCAUGGACACUGAUGACGACCAGAAGAUGGCUAUGCUCCGCAAGGCAUUCCAAAUGUUUGACACCACAAAAUCAGGAUACAUCGAUGUCCUAAAAAUCUCAACUAUCCUGAACACCAUGGGACAACUCUUCGAUGAUUCUGAAUUACAAGCCCUCAUCGAUGAAAAUGAUCCAGAGAGCACUGGCAAGAUUAACUUCGAUGGAUUCUGCAACAUUGCCUCUCACUUCUUAGAAGAGGAGGAUGCUGAAGCUAUGCAACAAGAACUGAAGGAAGCUUUCAGAUUGUACGAUCGCGAAGGAAACGGUUACAUCACCACUUCAACUCUCAAAGAGAUCCUUGCAGCUCUGGACGACAAACUUAGCAAUGCUGAUUUGGAUGGUAUCAUUGCUGAGAUUGACACGGACGGUUCUGGCACCGUUGACUUCGAUGAAUUCAUGGAGAUGAUGACGGGAGACUAAAGAUUUUUUUUUAUCAUAUUUUUAACCCUUAGAUGUUUUUUAAAGUAUACUUAUGAGUUUUAAGACUUCAUUCGUACACAUCAUGCGGUAUUAGCAUAGAAUGCAUGUUAGUUAAUCUGACUAUGCACAUUUAUUUUAAUCUAUCUUAUAGAUAGUUUACAUGUGGUCGUAAAUUAUUUUCUGGAAUAAUUUAUAUGGACUUCAUUUUUUUAUAAUAAUAUGCUACUUACAACGCAUUAGCAGUAUUUUAUUUAGCAACUCCAUUACCUCAACAGACUUUUAUGUAAACAUUUCUCUGAACCCUGACAACAUUACAGUUUAAUAAUUAUAAAGAUUCUACGUACAAUUAUUAAAAGUAUUUAUUGAUUUAUAAGACAUUUUUAUGUAAUAAAUCUACAAAAUAAAUAACUGGACUGAU